CCCGUAUUUACGUCAGCCACGUUGGAACUGCCAACUCGGUGUUUUUAUGAUAAAUAUUUUAUUUUUCUCAUCUAAAUACCCGGUGUUGGCGAGCGAGGAUGAAGAUCAAGGAGCUGAAGCGGACGGUGAACGUGAGCUGGUCGCCGGCGGAGCAGACGCCGGUGCUGCUGGCGGCCGGCUCGGCGGCGCAGCAGGUCGACGCGUCCUUCAGCAGUUCUUCACAGUUGGAACUGUAUUCUUUGAAUUUGGAAGACUCUGGACUCGAUUUGGAACUUAAAGCCAGUCUGCAAACGCAGCAUAAAUUCCAUAAGCUAGUAUGGUCAGGAGCGGGUGUGAUUGUCGGGGGCUGCGAUGGCGGUCUCCUCGAGUUCUACAGUGCCGACAGACUGCUCAAGAACGCUGACAACCCACUGCUGGGCAGCAACACUAAACACAACAAUCAUGUAUCAGCACUAGAUAUAAACCCAUACCAGAAGAACUUGCUAGCCUCCGGAGCCUCGGACAGCGAGAUCUUCAUCUGGGACCUGAACAACACCAGCCAGCCCAUGGCUCCGGGCAACAAGAGCCAGCCGCUAGACCAUGUGCAGGCGCUGGCUUGGAAUCAGCAGGUUCAACACAUUCUUGGCUCGACGUUUGCGUCCAGAUGCGUCGUGUGGGAUCUACGGAAAAAUGAGCCCAUUAUGAAAUUAAGUGACAACGUGUCUCGCACGCGCUGGCGCGCGCUGGCGUGGCACCCCGGUGUGGCUACGCAGCUCUGUGUGGCUUCUGAAGAUGACGCGGCUCCUGUGAUUCAACUCUGGGACCUCAGACUGGCCGCAUCCCCUCUAGUAACACUCGAGGGUCACCAGAAGGGCGUAAUGGCGUUAUCCUGGUGCAGACAGGACCCUGACCUCCUGCUGUCAGCCGGACGAGAUGGUCGCGUGCUGUGUUGGAACCCGAACAACACCCAACCGGGUGGUGAGCUGCUAGUCGAAGUGGCACAACAGGAGCAGUGGGUGUUCGACGUGUCCUGGUGUGCCCGGGACCCAAGUCUACUGGUGUCAAGUUCUUUCGAGCAGCAAGUCACUGUGCACUCGCUGUUGGGGGGAGGGGGCAGUGCCAGGCCGGAGAGUAGCGGUCAGAACCACUCGAACAUUCUCGAAGCGUUCGGGGCGGCGUCCCUCGGGCAGCUGCCGCUCGUGGCGCGCCCGGCGCCCGCGCCCGCGCCGCGCGCCGUGCUGCCGCGCGCUCCGAGAUGGUUACGGAAACCUGUGGGAGCCAAGUUCGCUUUCGGCGGCAAGCUGGUGACGUUUGAGAAGUGCCCUCAAGAAAAUCCACAGAAGACUGUACACAUUAGUCAGGUGGUGAGUGAACCGGAGAUAAUCGAGCUGGCAGCUGAACUAGAUGGCGUUCUCAACUCCACCCUCAGCAACGAGCCGGGCGCCAUAGAAGCGUUAGCACAGUACUGCCGGCAAAAAGGCGACGCGGCCAGCGAGCAAAACGAUCGCUACACGUGGUUCUUCCUGCGAGCAAGCUUUCUACCCAACUUUAGAAGCGAAGUGCUCAAUCUGCUGGGAUUCAAACAAGAUGAAAUUGUCUCGAAGUUCAAAAGCGGAAUCGUGGACCAAACUGACCACGCUGGACUCAGCAGAGGCGAGUCCACGGAGACCGACGCCGAACUGUCCACUGACACCAGCACUGACCUUUCGGACGCUCACACAUUGAUCGAAAGAAAACUGGCAAAUUUGGAUCUGGAGCCGCAAGCGCAAAAUGUCGUCAUUCCCAAUGGGGAAGAUUCGACGAGCCUGAUCUGCCGCGCGUUGGUGUGUGGCAAUCUGGAAGAAGCCGUGGAACUGUGCCUGGACACCAAGCGAGUGGCUGAUGCACUAAUCAUCGCCUCUUUAGGCAGUCAAGAGCUCCUCUACAAAGUCCAGAAAUACCACCUAGCACAUUCCGGUCGCGACCCCGUCGCGCUCGUCGCCAGUAGUUUACUAAACGGCCGCUGGGAGGCGCUAGUGUCUUCGUCCAGCCCGUCCUCCUGGAGAGAUGUACUGGCGGCGUGUGUGACGCAUACUGAAGGAGCAGAGUUGCAACAUUACUGUGAAAUGCUCGGCGAUCGCCUCUCAAAGGAAUCUGACCCGGCACUCGCAGAAGCGGCCACAGUGUGCUAUCUAGUAGGAGCUUCGGCUGACGCGUUUUUAUCAAGAUGGGUGGCGAAACGAAGGGAUGGAGGGGCGCAUGCAUUGGCGAAACUUACGGAGUUGGCGCUGCUUAUGAGAAGGGCGGCGGCCGCUAGAGGGAGAGACACGCAGAGUGGCGGCAAAUUAGAAGCAGUACUAACAGAGUACGCGGGACGUUUAGCAGCUCAGGGUUGCCUCCGCAGUGCUCUCAACAGUUUAGAAGGCGCGCCGCCGACAGAACUUCACGAACGACUCAACACAGCCCUGGGACUCAAUCCGCGUAGACAGAGCCACCAACAACAGCAAGGUUUGCCGCAGUUCGCGCGCUGUCGUACCACGAGCGGUCACGCGAAGCGCGGACAUCUGGUGGCACACGACAAUGUCUCUAACACGUACAGUGCAGUGGCGCCAACCUACGAGCCCAACCCUUGGGCGGCGCACGCGCAGCCCGCGCAGCCGCCGCGCCCGGCCAGCGUGGGGCCGCAGUCUGGUGGCAUAACCUCAAAAUCCAAAUACAAAGUGGACCCAUCCGUACAAUCGACACCCCUGUACAACCAAUACAGCUUCAACAACCCCCAACCCCCCUCCUACGGCUUCAACAGCCCCCUCCCCGACCAAUACUCGGGGGCUACAGUCCCUAGCAGUGGUAGUUACACUUACAACCAGCCACUGAACCCGAGUCACCUUAAUUCUAGUGUAAAUCCAGUAAACCCGAUGAACCCGAGUGUAAAUCCACUAAACCCGAUGAACCCGAGUGUAAAUCCACUAAACCCGAUGAACCCGAGUGUAAAUCCACUAAAUCCGAUGAACCCGAGUGUAAAUCCCAUGAACCCGAGUGUAAAUUCCCUCAACCCGAGUGUAAAUCCUAUGAACCCGAGUGUGGCACCGAUGAACGCGGCGCCGGUGGCGAGCCAAGUGAACGGGAGCUACUACCAGGAGAGGAGGCAGGAGGCGCCGCCUGGCUGGAACGACCCGCCGCCCGUCACUUCCAAGCCUAAACCAAAGCAAGAAGUCCAGCAGCAAGCGCCCAUCACUCACCCCCUAUUCGGGGUGGAACCCACACACGUGCCUCUAAACCCAGCCCAGCAAUACCCCGGGCAACAAUACCCUGGGCAACAGUAUCCUGGGCAACAACCGUAUCCUGGGCAGCAGCAGUAUCCGGGUCAACAGCAGUAUGGGCAGUAUGAUCAAUACCAACAGCAACAGUACCCGCCUGUUCAACAGUAUCCUCAGUCGGCGUCACCGUUGCCCGCCGUGGAAGCCAAACCAGCUCAGAAGGCGGAACUGCCGGAGGAGCAUAAAGUCAUGCAGAGCGUCUUGGACUCUAUUAGGGCGGAGUGCUCUAACAGAGCCGCUAACCCGCAAAUGAAGAGGAAACUAGAAGACGUUCAACGGAGGCUCGAAACGCUGUACGACCUGCUGCGAGAAUACAGGCUCUCGGAGACAGCACUAAGCUCCCUCCACACGUGCGUGCAACACGUGCAGGCGUGCGACUACGAGAGCGCGCUGCACGUGACGACGUCGCUGGCGACCGGCGCGGACUUCGCGGCCGCGGCGUCCUUCCUGCCCGGCCUCAAGACGCUCUUCCAACUCGCCGGCCAGUUGCAGGUCUACGUGCGGUGAACAGAUGUGAGGCGAGACACUAUAAUGCAAUAUAGCUCAUGAUUAUAUCUAUGUUUAACUGUUUAUGUAUGAAUAAUAAUUUUCGACAACGCCUAUGAGCGUUGGUCGUUACUGUCAAGAACGCAUAUGUGCGUUCACCGACACUGCAGUGAUGUCAGUCUAAUGGAGGGUAUUGUGUGACUCAACGAUGUAUAAUAAAACGUACCUAUGACUUAGGCCCGAUUUAGACGGCGUGCGAACUCGCAUGCGAUUUUAGUUACAUUGCGGGCUGUUGAGGUUACAUACGAUUUAGUAAUGUAAUAAAACUCGUACCUAUGCGAGUUCUCGUACCGUCUAAAUGGGCCCUUAACAUUGUAUCGUGGAUAAGAUGCUUAAUAAAGCGAUUAUUAUACGAGUUUAAGUUUUGCCGCACAUACAUAAGUACAUAUACGGGGUUGAGCCGUUUAUAUGGCUUUACCAUUUUGUGAAUUAUAUCUAUGUUUAUGUAUAAUUAUUUUCCCACUCUAAUGAACGAUGCCUUAUUUCAGAGAUCGGACGGAUUUGCGACAUUCUUAGUGACUUACGUCAUUUUAAUGACUUUUAGUAUGAGAUGAGACGCACAAAAAUCCGAUCGAUCUCUGCUUAACGGCCAUAAAGAAUUCAAUUGGUUUUUCGUCUUACAGUGCGUUGUCUCUUUCUUAUGUCCCUUAAUAUGACGUUAACUGUCUCUUUCCAAAGGCCCAUGUGCAUUCUUUAUCGCCGUCACUGUACAAAUUAACGAUAUCUGAAAGUUAAACAUGUCAUGAAAUGGUAAUGCUUUGUACAUCUACCUCAUUGGACAUCUGUCACCAAUCAUCAUCAUCAUUAGGCCUUAUGCAUCUUUACACAUGAGUUAAACAGCAUAGCGACAGAGACCAAUAUACCCCUAUUAUUACUGAUUAUAUGUAUAUCUAUCUACAUAAUAGCGUUAUAUUUUUGCUUUUUACUGAUAAGUAUUAAUGGCCAAUAUAAACUUAUACUAUAUUUUUUAAACAUAGGGGACGAACUUUCCAUAUAAAGUGUUCAUUAUUAAUUUAAUAUAAACAUCAUUUUAUGUUAAUUUCUUUUGAAUGCCACGCCUAACCUUAUCGGAAUAACGAUAAGGUUGAUAUUCGAGUGUACCGCGCGUCAGUCGAUUUCUUUGGCGGUGAACGAGGUAAC